CUGUCCCACGUAACUGCGAAUAAACAAAGACUGAUUGAGCACACAASCCAGCUUUGAUCAAAAUCAGCGCGUUGAAAUUUGGAACGCUUGAAAUAUUUUUGAAAGAGAUGAGGAUAUGAUCCCAGCGGUAAUUGUUUUUUUAAUUUUUAUUCCUGCAGCAUCACUUUGUGCCAUUCUAUGCAAAUUGUAAUUUCAUUCUAUGACUUUGAACAGAUCGGGCUUUUCUUAURUACAAACGAAGUGGCAACUGAUCAAUCAUUCAAGACUACUUGUGACGAAAAUAGAAAAAGGUAUUUGUGCAGAUGCUGUUGAAAAAGGGACCCAUUAAUAWCGGGAAAGUGGAGAGGCGAAGGUGUUGAGAAACAGAAAGACGAAGAGUGACAAAGCAAUUCAAAACCACCGUUAAGAACUGACARUAUUUGUCCAAAUGUGCAGUUUUUCCAUCUUUUUAAGUUUUAAAAUACUUUUGAUUUUUUUCCUAUUUACUGCCUUCUAUCCAAGCAGUUUUAACCAAUCUGGCAACGUUCAGGAAUGUCCGAAAUCCUCGAUAGCACAAAAGCGGUUGCAGUCGUGGAAAAGCUAUGACAAUACCAAUGGUAAAUCCACCAAUGUAAAAAAACAUGGCAUUCCAUCGGGACAUCAUCUUGAAAAUGGUGAUGAGAACAGAACGAAAAGAGAAAUUGAUAGAGAAUGGAGAGCUAAACCUCAAAGUGAAUAUGAAGUCAGGUCAAGAAACGUGAACGAACGAUUGGACAGACAGAAUUAUCCCAGUGUAGAGCUGCUAAUGUCACCAGUUCUGUCGCAUUCAAAUCGAUUAACAAGGAUGAAACGAACGGUUAGCCUUGAGAGCUCAAAAUUGCUUUGCAAAAAGGAAAUGUCAUGCGGAAGGCGGUGCGGCUCUAACUCUAACACUGUGAUAUACAACGAGGAAUUGUCAUGCUAYUGUGAUGUCAACUGUGUGUUUUUUAAUGACUGUUGUUCUGAUUUUGAACAUAUUUGUCAAGGUAGUCAGCAGCCCAAGGAUACUUCACAAAGGCUUGGUCCUCCAGAUCUUAAACCAGAAGUAAACAAAAACAGAAGUCAUAAUGAAGAAUGGAGAUGCAUCGAUUCGGAUGUCAGUAUUCCAAUUCGAAUGAAAGUUACUCCACCAGACGGUGCCAGCCAAAGAGAGAAACUCGAAUUUGUCUUUACCUACUGCACUGGAAUAUCAUGGAAGCCUCGAAAUGGGGACCCUAGAAGAUACUGUCUUAGAAUUAAGUCAGAAUGCGACAAAAGUACUAGUGAUAGAUUACAUCGAGAAUGCAACGAAACAAUAGUAGGACUGGUAAACGACAAUGAGUGCAUUUACAAGAAUAUCAAAUGUGCUAAAUGUAAUAACAAAAUGAUGCCAAACAUAACGUGCGGACCAAAUGGCACAGCCAUGGAAAAAAAGAAAAAGUGCCCAGGUACUAGUUUAGGACCACCAAUAAGUUUACCAAAGCCACUGUCAGUCCUUUUUGAUUUUAAUAGUCCUGAAUCAACCAGGGUUGAGACAAAGUGCAACAGUGCAAAGGUAUUUGAUCACCAUUUGGGAACUUGCCGGAAGACAUUGACGCUUCCUAAGAAUUCAGAAGUUGACGGAUACAAGAUAAUACUCUGGGCUAAGCUCAUAGACAAGAGACAAAACAAGGAACUUAAUCCGCAUCCAGUACAUGUAAUACUUACAAAGUCAAAUAUGUCAGUACCUAGUGAAGACUUGGCAACUGUUCUACAUGUAAAUCCAAGAAAUAUUAGGAAUCUCAGGAUAGCUCUUGACAGCUCAAUUUUUGAAUUUGAAUUUGAUUUGAUAGAAACCCUCCUCAAGAACAACGAUUCAGGAGCCUUUGACAAAAUUCUUAAAUUCACUAAACCAUUUCAGAUUACGAUUGUCAAUUUCACGUUUGUUGUGUUCAAAGCUAUAAGCCUAAAUUUAAGCUGUCCCAACUUUCAAGUUUAUUGGGGGAAUGAAUAUACGCCGGCUGUUAACCAGUCCACGGUUUACAUCAAAGAGACCGGCGAAGUACUGCAUCGACAAGAUUACUACCUCACAGGGAAUGGCAGUCGUGAUAUUUUAGUCUGUCGCAGGAGAACAAACUGCUCGGAAAAAUGGGUUUUAAUGGAGAAAGAAGAGUUCACUGUUUUAAGAAACAGAUCUGUGUUUAUCAAUGCUUCCAAAAUAAUGUAUGCUAUCACAGAGCAGUUUUGGCAGAACCGUAGUCUGUUCGUUUGUGAAAAUUUCUCCAACCGUCAUUCUAUGAUUGAAAAAGAUGAACGUGUUUCCUCCAUCUUGACGCUUGCAUGCAUGCUGAUGUCCAUUAUUGGCCUGCUGUUCGUUCUGGUCACUUAUACCUUGUUCGCCGAGCUACGAACAACACCCGGUAUGAACCUCAUUAACCUCAGUGUGGCCAUUCUCCUUGCACAAGUCUUGUGGAUCGUUGGAACUUGGCAAACAGACAAACCCAUGGUUUGUACUGCCAUAGCUGUCCUUCUUCACUACUUUUUCUUGGCUUCUUUCAUGUGGACGUCAAUCAUCGCCUUUGACACUUGGAGGGCUUUCCAGUCAACUAAUGCACGAUGCGGAUUGGCAAGCUCAAAACGUUCUAAACGACUGCAGUUGUUACGAUACAUGGCCGUUGGGUGGGUUUUUGUUAUGGUAUUUGUUGGUGCCUGUGUGAUUCUCGAUACUACUGAGGUAGUAAAAGCUGGAUAUACAUCCGCUGCUUCCCGGGGCUGCUUCAUCGCUAAGUUGGGCAUUGUGUACUUCUUCAUCAUACCCAUAGCGUUGAUUCUUUUAUUCAACAUCGUGCUGUACACCCUCACAAUGAAGGCGAUCCACGCAACUACAGCGCAGGCUCGAGUCGCUGUUGCUCACCGUAACAGUAGACAGAGUUUUUGGAUCUACGUACGGAUAUCAUCAGUGAUGGGCUUUACGUGGAUCUUUGGUUUCAUAGCCCCCUUUGGUGCAAAAUUCUUGUGGUACCCUUUCAUAGUGCUCAACAGUUUUCAAGGUGUUUACAUUGCACUUGCCUUUGGUCUGAACCAGCGUGCUCGAAAUCUCUAUAAAAAUCGCUUCCCUUCUCUUGCUCUAUUGUGGAACAAAUCUGCAAAUACGGAAAAGAAUGGUUCACCAAUAAACUCUGAGAAAACCCAAGAGGACUUUGACAACACAAAGCUGUAAUAAUUUAGCUAACUUUGCUAAGUAGACAAAAAGCUGUUAACACAACAAUUACUACAAAACAAAAUAUCCCGAAGGUUCAUAUCUAAAAACCACAUUGCUACAUUGCUACAGACACCAUACAGUCGUGGGAAAAUUUGUGCUUUCUACUUAGGAACAUCUUUGCUUAUAGAAAAUCUGAACGCAAASCUCGUAAAAGAUCCUUAUGCAGUUUUGCUGAAUCACUAAAGUGACAGUACUUGAUAUGUACAUCUAAUCAACACUAUUUAGCAGUAUUUUGAUAAUUCCCUUCAUGGAGCGCUUUUUACUGUGUGUAGAGACCUGCCAUUAUAUGUAUCUCUAGGGGUGGGGCUUGUUUUGUAAAUUCAAUCAUUCCAAGAAGCUGUGAAAAUGUUUCGGACACUCCUUGGUGUAUUUUAUUCGAUAUUUAUGAAUUUAUGUUGAAAAUUAACCACGAGCUCCAAAGGGUUAGACAAUCAUAGACCUUAUCUGAAAUACAAAAUCAUGGUGCAUUGUGGUCUAGCUUCAGCACAAACAACGUCAUAUUUGGCAGCAUGAACAAAAGAUGUUUGUACCGAAAAUAGAUCACAAUGUAAUGCAAAUUGCCAUCUCAGAAAAGGCCUAUAACAGAUGUUCAAGUAGGCGUUAUUGUGUAUAUAUUGUUAAGCAUUUAUUUUGUGAUUCUGAAAGCGAAAGUUAGAGUCGUAUUGUAAAAAUGACACAAAACAUUUCUUAUAAAUAAAAAAGGGGAAAAAGGA